CGAACUCACGAACUCAAUCGGUUUCUCAACACAGAGACCGUGUGAGACGACAAACAAACAAACCAAAAGGAAACUGCGUGUUCUGAAGAGGCGCUACUAUCCGCGAAAAGGUGGCAUGGAGGACCACGCUAGACGAGUUUCUGACGAGCUGCGGGUCUUUGAGGGAGAGAAGCGUGUGCCGGAUGGAGCAACCGACCUUCGCGAGAAGCCAAACGCGAACAACCACAACGAAGAAGAGGUAGAGGUUACCGAUGGAGUAGACACAACAGCGGUAAGCACAAUUCACGCGGUGGCCCAUUUUUUUUACCCUUCGUUUGUUUGCUUCUUCGCAGCGCCACCUCUACAGAUUCGGCUAAUGGUUGAGAUCUGCACAAGCCGAAACAACGAAAGCACGGGCUGCGGAAGAAGCCAGUGAGUUGACCUUGGCGGUUCUCCUAGCUCAAAACAAAGACCUCGAAACGUCUCGUGCUGCUGUCGAGAGGAGAUGUCAAGAGCAGGUGGAAUGCUUAGAAGCAGAAAUCGUUCAGGUGGGUUCGCGGCAACGAGCCUCAAGGGGGCAUGCAUGAACGUACCUUGGAGGCAUUUGCAACACGAUGUCCAGGUUUUGUGAGCAACGCGUUGGAUUGGUAGUUGUUCUUGCUGUUCGCUGCUGCUUGCUGCAACUAUUGUUGCUCCUGCUGCUGCUGCUGCUGCUGCUGCUGCUGCUGCUGCUGCUGCUGCUGCUGCUGCUGCUACAUUUGCCGCUGCUACUGUUUCCUGCAUUGUUGGUGCCACGGUAGUUGUUGUCACUUGUUGUGGUUGAUGGUCUUUGAUUGCCAAAUUUACCGUGAAGGAGAAUCCUUGCCUUGGACUAGAUUGCUGCUGUGUUAUCAUCUAUGUAGCUGAAGAAGCACCCGAGAUUUUAUGGCGAGCGCCGCUUGCGUACGUGCUUCCCGCUCGUGGCAAUAGCACACCGUAUCGAAGAGCACUCAUUGUCAAAGGUUUCUGUCUGCUGCAUGUGUACACUCACUGGCACAGGUUAACAAGCACUUGAUGUACUUCUCGGACAUCCUCGCACAGUCACCGGUAUCAUUGCUAGCGUGGUUAUGAUGUCGAUCACUUUUCAUCUGUGUUGUGCCACCCGACGUGUAUGCCCCCGUCGGUGC